UCGCUCAAUCCAAUGAAUACGCACGCGCUUCGCCGCCUAGCCGUCUGGCAGCGCACUCUCACCUCUGUUCGUCCCGUAAUACGACGAGAAUAUGCAACGCAAGAAAAAGAUCCGCAGCUAGGCGAUUACCCACAACUUCCAAACAUCUCUCGGGGUACGUUGCCUCCACUGGGAUGGUGGGAUAACCAGAUGCGUCGCAAUUUCGGAGACAUCCCUCAUGAAAAGGACGAAAUGUACUCGAUGUGGGGACCGGAUCCCCCUACUCUCGAACCCAGGACGGCGCUAUUCAGAUUCGGCCUCGGGGUAGCGAUGUUUGGCGGUAUCAUGUUGUUUGCGUACGCUGCGACGCCAGAGUUGAAAGCUGUUCGGCGGCAAUACCCGUUCGAUGGGCUCGUGAAGGAACUUGGGGGUGUGGAGCAGAAUAAGGCCAUCCCAGAGUCGCUAGAAGAAGAUGCGGAGUAAUGUGUUGUUUAGACCAACUUGAAUCAACAACUCUUUCUUUCAACUUCGACGCGAGCUCGGUCUGAACGACUAAUUCCGAAGCGUACAACAGGAUAAUAAAUUCCGAAGAGAAUGGAAUAAGUUAUUUAAACGCUAUAAGCUAACAUUCAAAUAUAUACAAGAUGAAGC